AUGAAGUAUUACUGAUCCAGUUCCAUGACAGGUGGAUCAAUUGAAUAUCGAAUGGUUUUUGAUGGGGUAUACUCCUCGCUGUACACUUCUUUGAAGUUAUUUCGCACAUACAUCAUCCUACUUGAAGGCUCGUCCAUGUCAAGUGGCUGCAUAUGGUCAGUGCCCGAUCGUUUUUGCUUUUUUCUUUGA